AUGAAAUGUAAAAAGCCUCUAAUUAUAGAAGGAAAGAAAUAUUAUGAUACGAAGGAUGAAAAUUCUAUAAUUAAUAAUGAUUACUGUAACAUCCCGAAGUUUAUUUUAGAUUCAUGUAUCAAAAUAUCUGAUAAUCUAAAAAAAGAAAUAAAAAAAGACGAUGAUAAAGGGGAAAAGAAUAAAAUGAGUAAUGAUAAAAAGAAAGGAGAAAAAAAUGCGGAGGAAUUUAAUUUGAAAUUAUUUGAUGAAAUAUUAAAAAUGAUUUAUAUUAAUGAUUCCGUAAUUCGUCUUGUUAAAGAAAAGGGAAAGAAAAGUGUUGGACGUCGUCGGGGAAGUUCACUUCGUAACGGACAAGCGAUUAACGUUGAACCUGCACCGAAACGAUCGCUAAGUCCAAUGCAAACUGCAAAAGACGUGAAAGAUGAAGCGUCUACCAUUUCAACCGUAGGGUCAAUAUUAUCAACCAUUGAUAGUAAUACUGGUUAA